UUAAUAAAAAAAUUUUCAUGUACCUUUCUCUAAUAGAUACUCCGUGUGGUUUUGACAACAAAUUUUUUGAAAUGUUCAAAUUGGUAUUGGAAAAAAAAGAAGAUAAGCAAAAACAUGGUGUAAUAUUGCUCGAUGAGAUACACCUCAGGGAGAGUAUUUAUGUUAAUUCGAGAAAACUUACAUACACUGGAUUAGUUGAUUUUGGCAUUGAUGGACCACAACCAUCAAAUCUUGAUGAAAAAGCUAAUUAUGGAUUAGUAAUAAUGUUUCACUCAAUAGCGGAUUUUUACUCUCAACCGAUCGCAGUAUUUGCCUCUAGAGGACCAGUAACAGGAGAAAUGAUUGCACAGCUUGUAAUUAAAGCUAUUUCAUUAUUAGAAAAUAUUGGCGCCAAGAUCCAUGGAGUGAUUACAGAUGGUGCAGCCACCAAUAGAAAGUUUUGGACUGCAGUAGGCGUAUGCGGUAAAAAAGAUAACUUAAAAAAUAGUUUUGAUCAUCCAACAGUUAAUGGACGUUAUGUAUAUGUUUUCUCCGAUACGCCACACUUAAUUAAGACGAUAAGAAAUCGUUUAUAUAAAACACCAUUACAGCUCAGUCCGGAAGAAAAAUUAAUAAAAUGGGAUUAUUUCCGAAUCUUACAUAAUAAAGACAGAACAUUACCUGCUGAAAUGCGGGUAUGUCCAAGAAUAACAACCAAUCAUCUAGAACUCAGUAACGUUGCUAAAAUGAGAGUGUUACUAGCAGUUCAAGUUUUCAGUAAGGCCGAUGGCCUAUGGACUAAGGUUUUAUAAAAAUUUUUUACUUGAACUAUAAGAUUGUGAUUGUACAGCUAAUUUUUGUGAUUGGAUCAACGAUCUCUUUGACGCUUUAAAUCAAAACAAAGGUUUGAAGAUUGAAGAUAAAUACUACAAGACUAUAGAAGAAUCUUUUAAAAAAUUGGAUAAUUGGGAACAAUACGUCCACAGUGGUGCUAUCCCAGAAAAUAAUUUUUUAACAAAACAGACUGCAGAAGGACUCCGUGUAACUAUGAAGUCAACGCUUGACUUAGUGCAGUAUUUGACUCUAAAUGCUGGUUUUGAUUAUGUUCCGACGGGACGUUUGAAUCAGGACUCACUUGAGGUUGGCUAACAUUGUACCCAGUAAACAUUACAAUUUUUUGAUAAACGUGUGGAAAUAAUCUAUAUUUAUUUUUGACAUAAUAGCAUAACAUCUUUUUUGUGUACUUGUAGCAUAAAAAUUUAUAACUUUAAUAUUUUAA